CAAUGCCGGAAAGACCGGUGUCCAGUCAGUGUCAGACACUCUGAUCAGAUGCGUUUGCCUCAUAUGCUCUAGUCCCGAAAAGUUACAUUCUGUUUGCCUUCGCGUUAUUAUUGCCAAACUUGCGGGGUUGAUGUGUUUAAACGCACACUGUAGAUUUAAAUCCAGAUAUUUAUCUACGCGCAUAUUUUACCUGGGCUGCACCGCACCUGAUGUCGGCAUAGGCACACGCUCGCAAGGAUAAUCAUCUUAGAACUAGAGCCAUGGAGACGGUCAUUCACUUUAUGAAUGACUCUGCAGAGUUUUAUAAAUGGAGCCUUACCAUAGCAGAUAAACGCGUGGAGAAAUGGCCGAUGAUGUCAUCUCCGCUCCCCACCUUGGGGAUCAGCGUUCUCUACCUGCUCUUCCUCUGGGUCGGACCCCUUUACAUGCAGAACCGGGAGCCUUUUCAGCUCAGAAAAACCCUCAUUGUGUACAACUUCAGCAUGGUGCUGCUUAACUUUUACAUCUGCAAAGAGCUGCUCCUGGGUUCCAGAGCGGCCGGAUACAGCUACCUCUGCCAGCCAGUGAACUACUCCAACGAUGUUAAUGAAGUCAGGAUAGCGUCAGCACUGUGGUGGUACUACAUCUCUAAAGGUGUGGAGUUUCUGGACACAGUGUUCUUCAUCAUGAGGAAGAAGUUUAAUCAGGUCAGCUUCCUGCACGUCUAUCACCACUGCACAAUGUUCAUCCUUUGGUGGAUCGGCAUCAAGUGGGUUCCUGGCGGACAGUCUUUCUUUGGCGCUACGAUUAACUCAGGCAUUCAUGUGCUGAUGUACGGAUACUACGGCUUAGCAGCGUUCGGACCAAAGAUCCAGAAGUACCUGUGGUGGAAGAAAUACCUCACUAUUAUUCAGAUGAUCCAGUUCCACGUCACCAUUGGCCAUGCCGCUCAUUCUCUCUACACGGGCUGCCCAUUCCCGGCCUGGAUGCAGUGGGCUCUGAUUGGCUACGCUGUCACGUUCAUCAUCCUGUUCGCCAAUUUCUACUACCAGACCUACCGCCGCCAGCCACGCCUCAAGUCGGCCAAAACUGCAGUUAAUGGCGUCUCCAAUGGCACCAGUAAGACACCGGAGGUCACAGAAAAUGGAAAGAAACAAAAGAAAGGAAAAGGAAAGCACGACUGAAAAGAAACAUGGAAGCAAGUGAAACACUGGGUCUCAUGGGCUUCAAAAAUACCCAUGUAAUCUCAAGCGCUACAGACUGUUUGGUAAUUGUGAAAACAAUUUUUUUUUUUUUUUUUUUGUUAACCUGCUGAUUGUAUUUUAAACUAGGGACAUUUCCAAUGCAGCCAAUUCUGUGUGACAUCACUGUCUCAAGUCAUCUCCUUUAAGUUGUUUAAGUUGUUUUGACAGUUUUACAAUCGAAAACAUCCCUUGUGGUUUACCGAAUGAGAAUAGCAAACUACUUUAAAUCGUUUAGUUAUCAUCGGGGGGAGAAUAGACAGAUUUGAACUUGUUUUUACCACAAAAUCACAUGCUUUUUCACAUAAACAGGAACUUAGCUAAUUCUCUUGAAUGUUUUUAUUUAGUAUAAGCAGCUGGUGAAAGAUUCUUACAUAAAUGGUUCAGCUGGACGUUUCACUUCCUCUGGUCUCGAUGGCAGCCAGCUUUCCUAACACUCUUGAAUCCUGAAAGACUGAGCCCUUAAACAACAGACAAUACGGAGAAAUAAGAAAUGCAUGUCUGAAUCACUUCCAUAAAACAUGAGGAUAAUUCCACAAUCUCACUUUUUAUUUGCAUGUUUUUUACAGCUAUUUCGUCUGUUUUAAUUUUAAAUUGUAGUGAAAUAGUGAUGUGUAGGGGCUCAGGUGACCGUUAGGCGAUUACUAAAGUGGCAACACAGUUCUACCAAAGAAAAUCACUGUGUAUUUGGUGGGUUUAUACUCUUGCGAUAGAUAAUGUUAUUAUUUUAAAUUAAUUUCCUGUACAAAACAAGUUCCUGAGAUUUGCAUGCAGUAAUGAUGGCGUCAUGGCUAUAUACUCAGGUAGUUUCACAUGUUUUUGUUCCACAUGUAAAAUUAGACACAUAUACUGCAUACACACACACUUGUGUCCUUAAUGUCUGUUCAGGUAUGUGUACUCUCUCUAUGGCUUUGUGCAUGUAGCCUUUUAUUAAGUUUUUGCAAGUCAUAUUGCAUUACAGUUAUACUAAAUUUGCUUUUUGUUCCCUUUUGUGAAAAAAAGUCCCCUGUGUUAAUAGAAUCCCACAAUUUGGAAAAAAAAAAAGAAGGUAGGCAAAACAUGUUUGAAAACGGCUAGAUAUUUUCUGUUUGAAUACUGUUAAAUUCACACAGGAAGUACACAGGCCGUACACAAUGUGUACAUUGUGUACAACAGAUUCUUAUAAAUAUCAAUGUUCCUCUUGUAUUAAACAUCUACAUCAGUUGAUACAGAACUGAAUGAAAUAAACAGGAUGUCAACCUCA